GCGGCAGGUGCAGCUGUGCUCGGGUCUUAGCGCCGCGCCGGGCAACCUGAGAGACCCUGAGGAGAGGCCGGAAGCACUCGGAAGUCAGGUGCUCCUCGGGCCGCGCGAGUGAUUGGCUUGGAAGGACGUGAAUGAUGCCUCUGUGAUUGCUGAAUUGUCUGGGCAGGGUUUGGAGGCUUUGGUAAGCUCCUGUGACCUGGGCAUCCCUUUAGAGAGGAAGAAGAGGCCUGCUUUCUCUGGAAUCCAGUGGUCACACCCUGAUCUGGAGCCCCACAUACCCACCUCAGGUGUCAUCAACAUGGCGUUCUAAAGUCCAUGUGGUUCCUCACAGUCAGCCAGGUCUUAAGGAAAAUGCAGAGACGCCACAGCAGCAACACGGAUAACAUUCCACCCGAAAGAAAUCGCAGCCAAGCGCUCAGCUCAGAGGCUAGUGUGGAUGAAGGGGGCGUCUUUGAGAGUCUGAAGGCAGAAGCAGCCUCCCCACCAGCACUCUUCUCAGGCUUAUCCGGCCUUCCCACUGGCAGCCUCCCUGCCACCCCGUUCCCAUCCAGCCUGGUGCUGGGGGCCUCGGCUAGCGGCGGGGACGUGUUCAUCCAGAUGCCUGCAUCCAGGGAGGAAGGCGGGGGUCGCGGCGAGGGGGGCGCCUACCACCACCGCCAGCCCCAUCACCACUUCCACCAUGGUGGCCACCGUGGGGGCUCCCUACUGCAGCAUGUUGGCGGGGACCACCGUGCACACUCCGAUGAGGGGGGCGAUGAGCAGCCGGGGACGCCUGCCCCAGCCCUGUCCGAACUGAAGGCUGUAAUCUGCUGGCUCCAGAAAGGCCUGCCAUUCAUCCUGAUCCUUCUGGCCAAAGUUUGCUUCCAGCAUAAGCUUGGCAUUGCCGUGUGCAUCGGGAUGGCCAGCACCUUCGCCUAUGCCAACUCCACACUCCGAGAACAAGUCUCCCUCAAGGAGAAGAGGUCGGUGCUGGUCAUCUUGUGGAUCUUGGCCUUUCUGGCAGGGAACACCCUCUAUGUGCUCUAUACAUUCAGUUCCCAGCAGCUGUACAACAGCCUCAUCUUCCUGAAGCCUAACCUAGAGACCCUGGACUUCUUCGACCUGCUGUGGAUCGUGGGGAUCGCAGACUUUGUGCUGAAGUAUAUCACCAUCGCCCUCAAGUGCCUCGUCGUGGCCCUGCCGAAGAUCAUCCUGGCCGUCAAGUCCAAGGGAAAGUUCUAUCUGGUCAUCGAGGAGUUGAGCCAGCUGUUCCGGUCCCUCGUUCCCAUCCAGCUGUGGUAUAAAUACAUCAUGGGUGACGAUGCCUCCAACAGCUACUUCCUAGGAGGGGUCCUCAUCAUCCUCUACAGCCUCUGCAAGUCAUUCGACAUCUGUGGCCGUGUGGGUGGAGUUAGGAAAGCCCUGAAGCUUCUCUGCACCUCUCAGAAUUACGGGGUCCGGGCCACUGGGCAGCAGUGCACAGAAGCCGGUGAUAUCUGUGCCAUCUGCCAGGCUGAGUUCCGAGAGCCUCUGAUCCUUAUGUGCCAGCACGUGUUCUGUGAGGAGUGCCUCUGCCUUUGGCUGGAUCGUGAGCGCACGUGCCCACUCUGCCGCUCGGUUGCCGUGGAUACCCUGCGCUGCUGGAAGGACGGGGCCACUUCGGCACACUUCCAAGUGUACUAGGGCUGAAGACUGCAGCCUUGAUGCUCCCAGGCACACCAGGGAGAGGAUAGCAGGUCAGCUGUAUUGGGUCCGACACUGGGGACUUCCUCGACAAAAAGGCCUCAAGCACUAACUAUCCUCCUUCCUGCCUCUCUCCAUCCCUUCCUCUAAAACCAGGCCCCUGCCCUACCCGUCUUCGCCUUCCUCUCUUGUUGUUCAUGGUGUGUGCAUCCUUCUCUUAUGCGUGGGGAAGCUUCUCACUCAGACUUGGUCUCUGCCCAGGUGUGUCUCCCACAUCCCUCCAAGUCAAGGAACUGCUAAUAGACCAAGUCCCAGAUGUUGGUUGUUUUAACCUGUGGUGACCUAAUACCUGAUGAUGCAAACUGGAAAGAGGCCUGGAGGUACUGCCUUCCCCAAAAUGGCCCAGGUCCGCAGAUGAGCAUCACUGUGAAGUAUUUUCCAAAUACAAAUGCUGUGCCCCACCUUGUACAUACAGUAACUUGGUGUCCCAAACAGUGCAAGCCAGGCACAGCACUGAGCUCCCUGCUUGGAUGACCUCCUGUAAUUCUCACAACAGCCCUAUGGUGGAGGUACUAUUAUUUCUUCUAUUUCACGAAUGAGAAAACUGAGGCCCGGAGCUCCAUGUGGUGACUUUCCCAGAGCCACCCGGCAAGCAGUGAUGGACCAGGUUUUCAACCCAGGACUGUCUGGCUUUGGAGCCUGACUCUUAACCACAUGCUGACCUGCUGCUCAGACACUGCAGAUGUGGGGCCCAGGAAACAUGAUUUUUUAAAAGCACAAGAGGUGAUUUUGAUGCCCACCCGUGGCCCUGGUGCAUAGCAUAUUCAAUUUGGACUGUAUUGAGAACGUGCAUAGUGAAAACUCGCUCCUGAAAUCUAGUCAUGGCUGCAUCCAUGGAAAGACUUGGUCCUUGAACACUGCUGUUAUGCUGGUCUCUGGCUGGGAUGUUUAAUCAGGAAAGGUCAGUUCUGGUCCAGAUGCAGAUAUCACUGGGUGCCCACUCCCAUCUUUAUUUCCCUCCUCCUCCUUUUGUCCUGUCACUUAAGUCACAGGCUUGUCAACAGCUCCAUUGGUCAUUGCCUUCUCCCCUGGUAGCC